CAUUGAGGUAAAGAUUGUGAAACGCCCCUUUCACAUAGAUUGCAGCUACAUUUCAUCUAAAUUCUGAUUUGUGAGAAUAGAGUUGGUUAUAGUGCGCACCAGUGAGUGUCGAGACUUUGAACUGAGCGGGUUGCUGGUCAGUGUCUUCAACUGGGAGGACCUCUUAGGUGAUCCAUGCUGCAGGACACGCCAGGUUCUAAUUGAUGAGUCGCGGUGAGGAGUUUGUCCACCAGCGCUUGAUAACCUAAACACUGAGUCACCUAUUUACUGAAUUACUUCCUGGUGGUGUACCGGUCAGGAAUCUGAACAGACAACGCUAUCUAUACGAUGACUUCCCAACUGGAGAGCGCCAUGGAAGGCCUGAUCAAAGUGUUCCACUCCUACUCGUCCAAGGAGGGAGACAAAUACAAACUGAGCAAAGCUGAGAUGAAGAGCCUUCUCCAGGGGGAACUCUCUGAGUUUUUGGCUGGAAGUAGCGAUCCGCUGGUGGUGGAGAAGAUCAUGCGGGACCUGGAUGAGAACCAGGACGGGGAGGUGGACUUCCAGGAGUUUGUGGUUCUAGUAGCGGCGCUGACCGUAGCCUGCAAUGAGUUCUUCAUACAGAGCCAACUGAAGUAAUCCCCCCACCCCCCCCACCCAAUGCUCCUCCACGGAAUCUGCAAUCCAGAUCGAUUUUGGUAAUUUAUGAAACAAAACAUUUCUGCCAAAAUCGAUAGUCUGUCCCCUCAGUAUUGGGGUGUUGUAACUGGCAUAAGAUCACUUUAAUUUUGUUGUACCACUGUUUUGGAGGGGUUAGCUGACUACCUAAGCUCUUUUUGUUCAUCUUUGUCAAUAAAGAUGUCCUCUUCUGCACACAAAUAAAUAAACUAUAUUCUACAAUUAAUAA